AUGUCAAAAACGGCUAAACAAAAAUGGUGUUGUGCUAAGUGCAAAUUCCCUAUUGAUGCUAAAAUCAAAUCACCUACUGUGAACGUUAAGAAGGGAAAUAAAGCAAGUAUGUUAACAAAUGAAUCAUUCAGUAAUUUAACGGACUCUGUUAAAUACAUGAGUGAUAAGUUUGACUCCUUUGGAGAGCAACUACAAGAACUUCUUAAAUCUAUGAAAGACAUGAGGGAAGAAAAUAGAAUUUUAAAAGUUCAAAAUAAUAACUUACGUAACGAUUUUAAUAUACUGUCGAACAAAUUGAAUAUACUUGAACAAAAGUCACUAGAUAAUUUCGUUGAAAUUGUAAAUGUACCAGAAAUAAUAAACGAGGAUUGUAAAAAUACAGUCAAAAAAAUUGCAAAAUUAUUGAACGUGGAAAUUGAUGUUGUCAAUGCUUAUCGUGUCCAAUCAAAAUUCAAUACCGGUUCAAAGAAAAUCGUAGCUGAACUAACAUCAAAACAAGUAAAAAAAGAUCUGAUGGAAUCAUCUAGAAAAAUCAAACCAACAGGUAAUAGUGUCGAAGCAAGUUGGAAAAAUGAACCUAUUUAUAUUAAUGAUAAUUUAACGCAAUUCAAUAGAAAUUUAUUUUAUAAAACUAAAAUAUUUGCACGUGAUUCGGGAUAUAAAUUUGUCUGGUUCAGAGACUAUAAACUAUUUAUAAAAAAAACCGAACUUACAAAAGCUAUAGUUGUCGAGAAUGAGUUAUCUUUAACUAAGUUAACUUAA